CGCAUGUUGCUCAGUAACAUAUUUCGAUCAGUUCGAGUCGGACGUGUUUAAAAGCCGGUUUAAAUCCGAGUAAUACAUAAAAAUCAAUGUUUAUUGGAACGGAUCGUGCGAAAAUCGUUGUCGUAAAAAUAUAGAAAUUUAAGAAUACUUUCAAAACAUGACCACUAUAAUGAGUCUCAGCCAUUUCGAGCUAUUUCGGAUACUCGAUUACAUGAAGUGGAACUGCGAAAGGCAGCAUAGUCUGGAAGCAGUCCCUUUGGUGAAGUAUUUGGAUAUUUUCAACUUUGCUGCCAGCUGCAGGAGAUUCCGUCGCAUCGUUUUGGACUGGUCCGAAGAUAUAUACUAUCAGCUGGGGAUUGAUCCCUUACAGAAGAAUCUUCAUAAGCACCUGACAGUUCCAUUCAAUGAAAUUCAUUCAAUUCGUAAAAGAACCACCAAAAAGGGGAAAGAAAACUUUAUUGAUAUUUACAUUUCUGCCAUGAUGAAGGAGUUGACUCUUAAAUCCAUCGAAAUGACCUACAAGCCACAAGAAAAUAUAAUGAAUCACGAUGAAAUAUUUGAAAAGCUCUUAAAAGCGGUACGAGGCGAAGAGACACGUAGGCAGUUCAGCGUUUUGAAUCAGAAUGCCUUAAAAAACCUUGGGGACCUCCUAUUAUCAAAUACAGACAUCGAUGGUCAUGGCGAUUCCUUUGUUUUUAAUGAUGACAAAACUCUCAAAGUCAAAGAACUGAUUUUAGAUAUAGCAGAGCUUGAUCUUGAAAAAAAGACAAAUUCAAAGAAUAAAGUCAUUGUAGAUUCACAAAAUAUUCAAAGACUUAAUGGAAUUCUAAGUGAAAUUAAAGAUUGUGAGCUUCGUCGCAGUGACGACAGAAAAGAAUUUAUAAUUCUGAGUCGAGAAAUAAUUCUAAAAAUUAUAGUUAUUACGGAAAUUAAAGACCGUGGAAGAUGGGACAGUAUUAAUCGCAUGGAAUAUGAACCCGUUGAUUCAAAACAAAAGGCAAAAAUCAAUAGGAUAUUUAUGGAUAUUUCAGACUGUGUUACUUUGGUGGAUGAUUUCAGAAAUAAUUUUCGGAUCCUAAAAUCAAGCAUUUUCCCUCAAGUCAAGCAGAUAUUUAUGGACCUAACAGAGAAAAAGGAUGUAAUAAUUAUGGAGCCCAAAAAUAUACCCAAAUUCAAAGAGGUCACCGUAAACAUAUCUGAUCGUAGAAUAAGUGAUCUGGGGCUCUUUCGACACAUUUCCAAACUGAAUUUAACUGCUUCCUUCGAAAUAGCCGACCUGGUGGAGUUCUGCAAACAAAAUCAGGGUCUGGUAUCAUUGGAUAUAAACGUUUCUAGCUUCGCAGAUCACAGAAAAUUGUCGGAAAUUGUUGGUCAUUGUCCUCUGUUGAAGCAACUAAAGUUUGUCCUGAACGAUAAUGCCGGGGACAACGACUAUGUCCGCCUGGCCAAUCUAGAUAGGUUGCAGCAGUUGGAGAUCGUCAAGCCACCCAGUCAUGCAUACAUUAUAGAGGACGACGAAGGGUUCAUAUCGAAAAGACCUCGAAUUGAGAACGAAAUCGAAGCUCUCAGUGAAGGCAUAAAUCAAUCUUUCGAAUCAAAUGUUGCUGUGCACGAACUUCUUAAAGCUAUAUCGGUAAAGAAAAGGUCUUUACUCGCCAAUUUGACUUUGAAAUUUAAUGUUGAGGAUGAAAUACUCCAGACCAUCGCCAAAAUAAAAAGCAUCAGGAUUUUGGAGUGCGGGAUAUGCGAUGUUAAGAGCAUAAAUCAUCUAAAGGAUAGCCCAGUCCUAAAACGAUUAGUCUUACUCAACAAAGGACAUCUGAUUUCCGAUGAUAUUGUACAUUUCGUAAAGAAACAAGUAAAAGUCUCAAACCUGGACACUGAAAUUACUCUAUAUUUCAAUACAUUUCUCCGUCCCCACAUAUCGGGCCACCUUUAUAUUGAAACUAAAUGUGCGGAUAUUUAUAGGAAUGCUAUUGCAGAACCCCUCUUAAACAUUGAGAACUUACAACGCAUAUAUCUGAGUGACGAUCUUAUUCAAUUAAGGGGAUCAUGUUUUAUCAAGGGAUUAUUGGAGAACGGUAUUCAAUUAAUAAGUAAAGAUUGCGAAAUGAUCUUGGAGCCAAUCGAAAGGGCACUCGCAGUGGUGACAAAUUUUGAGGUACUACUCCCAGAAGUCGAAAAUUUGAAAUCAUUUUACUAUGGCACAAGUUAUCCAUCUGACAUCAUUCUUCACCAACUUUGUGCGGGCCAUUCCAAGACUUUGGAAGAAAUCGAUAUAAGCAUCCAUCAGAUCAUAUUUGAUAUGGGAAAAGAGGCAUGGCUUAAUGAAGCACAAGUAAAGAUCCUGGCAUCUUUUACCUGCCUAAAACAUAUAACUUUUGGACUUAAACAAUUAAAAAACAUUCAAAACUUAUUCAAUUUGACGAAUCUGGAAAAGAUAGAGAUCCUAUCCGAGCAUAAUCCCAAAUUUGUAAGCUUUUCCCGAUUCCUCACUCCCAUUCUGCAAAAAUGUAAAAAAUUAAAUUACCUGGAAAUUAAAAUUGUUUCGCAGGGCUUAACCCGAAAAUUUUUAAUUAGUCUUCAACAUAUGGUGUUAAAAGAAAGGCAAUCGGAAUCCGAAAAUCCUUUAGAAGUGUGUUUAAUCCUAAGGCCCAUGCCAGUCUUAACAGAGAAUCAGAAAAAGCUAAUAAAACGCCCCUUCGAAGGAAUGACUCUCACCAUUAAGAUACAUGAAGAUGAUUACUUAUUUGAUUAAACAUUUUAUUUAUUACCUGUUUAGUAAUAGUCUUAGUGGAAUAUUCAUUAAAUUCAAUUCGUUAUAUAAAAUAGUCACAGGUGCUUAUUGUCAGAAAAUGCCAUUCAGGGGAAUUUGAGAUCUAAUGCAGCUUAAGUAAUAAAUUAAUAAUUACAUUUGAGACUAUGGAAUAAG